AUGGUGUCCUGCAUCACAGACUGCAUCGAAAAGCCCAUCCGGAUGUGUUUGGAAAAUAUCGGUAAAUUCGUUGGACUUCAUCCGUGGUGGUUCGUCACUCUGCCGCUGGCGGUGUCCGCAGGUCUCGGAGGAGGAUUUUUAUUUUUGCACGACCUGAAGUCCAAUGACAUAGUGGAGCAGUUCACACCGAAAAACGGACGCGCCAAAGUGGAGAGACGUUUCUUUCAAGAAACUUUCCCCCAGAUUGACACACAAUUUUCAGUUCUACGAUUGAACACUGAUGGAGUCUUUGCAUCUUUGAUAUUUUCCUGUCAGACAAACGUACUGAGUGUUGGAGCAUUAGAUGAGAUACUGCGCAUAGAUGGAGAAGUCAGAGGAAUCACCGCAAAUCAUAGCGCAAAGCAGUUUGGAUACUCGGAUAUUUGCGCUACGGUGAAUGGAACAUGUUAUCCCAACGUAUUGCUUGAUGUCUUAAAUUACAAUGCGAGCAACAUUCAAUUGGUCAACAUAACGUUCCCUUUGUAUUGUCAGUCAGAAUCCAACUGUAUCCACUUUGGAAAUGACAUUAGUGAGGUGGAGGUAGAUGACAAUGGAGUUGUUGAAAGUGCAAAGGCAAUGCGACUUUUCUUUUAUUUGCAAGAGAACAACAAUACAGGAGACAUUUGGCUUCAGGAGUUUGUUAACUUGCUCUCUAAUAUUACAAGCUCCCUCACAGAAGUAUCCUAUUUCACCUCUAUGUCAAGGCAACAGGAAUUUGAGAAGAGUACCACAUCUGUCACUCAGCUUUUUGCAAUCACCUAUUUCCUUGCCAUCUCAUUUUCAAUAAUUUCUUGCAUGAGGCUUGACAAUGUGAGGAAUAAAGUGUGGCUGGCUUCUUUAGGGGUAUUUGCCACUGCACAAGCAGUGAUGUCCAGCUUUGGGUUGCUAUUACUCAUGAACGUGCCAUUUGUUAUUACUGUGGCAUCCUCUCCAUUCCUUAUUUUAGGGAUUGGCAUUGAUGACAUGUUUAUCAUGAUCUCCAGCUGGCAACGGACUAAUGUUCAAGACACAGUGCCAGAUCGCAUGGCCGAAACCUACAGGGAGGCAGCUAUUUCCAUCACCAUCACCACCCUGACGGACGUGCUAGCCUUCUACCUCAGCUACAGCAACCCCUUUGGCUCUGUACAGUCUUUCUGUCUCUAUGCUGGCACAGCCGUUUUCUUCUGCUAUCUCUAUAACAUCACUUUCUUUGGAGCAUGUCUGGCUCUAAAUGGUAGAAGGGAGGGGGAAAACAGACACUGGUUGACUUGCAUGAAAGUCCCGGAGGAUUGUCCACCAGGACAGUCUAAAGGGUACGCCGUCUGCUGUGUUGGAGGAGCUUACAAUCAUAACACAGGGACUGAGAAAGAGCUCCCGAUGACGCUGUUCUUCAGGAAGUACUAUGGACCAUUUGUGACAAGAGUUUGGACUAAAGCUUUAAUAUUUUUUAUAUACCUCAUAUACAUUGCGAUUAGUGUUUAUGGGUGCCUGAAACUAAAGGAGGGCAUUAAUCUCAAGAACCUUGCACUUGAUGAGUCAUACAUUGUCCAAUACUAUGAGGCUGAAAAGACAUACUUUGAUUAUUAUGGUCCAAAUGUAAUGGUAGCAGUGAACAGCACAUUUCCGUAUUGGGAGGAAAGUGAACGCAAUCAACUUGAGUCUUGUAUCAUACAGUUUCAAGAGCUGGAUUUUGUCAAGAACUUGUCAAUAUCUUGGCUUCAUUCUUUCGAAAAGUAUGCAGUGGAAAAUCAUAAUGAAAUCAGCUCAGAGACUGCAUUUAAAACUAAUUUGUAUCCAUUUCUGGACCACAAUCCAAUGCUCAGACAAGAUGUCAAGAUAACCAAUAAUGACAUAACCGCUUCACGUCUGUUUCUUCAGACAUUUACUAUCUCCUCUGAGAAGAUCAUGCUGAAUUCAUUACGAAAGACAGCAGAGAACUGCCCGUAUCCACUGUUGGUCUACCAUCCAGCAUUCAUAUACUACGAUCAAUAUACUGUGAUUGGACAUAUCACUGUUCAGACCAUGAGUGUUGCAACCGCAGUAAUGCUGGUCAUUGCUCUUGUGUUAAUUCCCAAUCCUCUUUGUGCCUUGUGGGUGGCUUUUGCCAUCGCUUCAGUCAUUUUGGGAGUUACCGGCUUCAUGGCACUGCUAAACAUUAACCUUGAUUCCAUCUCCAUGAUAAACCUGGUCAUUUGCAUUGGCUUCUCCGUGGAUUUCUCUGCUCAUAUCUCUUACACGUUUGUAUCCAGUGCCAAGUCUGAUGCGAACGAGAGAGUAGUGGAGGCGCUGACACACCUGGGCUAUCCCAUACUUCAAGGAGCCUUGUCUACAAUCGUGGGUGUGGUGGUGCUUUCAGCUUCAACAAGCUACAUAUUCAGAACACUCUUCACCAUCGUUUUUCUGGUCAUUACGUUUGGACUACUUCAUGGCAUUGCUUUUCUUCCAGUUUUUCUCACUUUCUUUGGAUUUUGCCAUAAGUUGUCGCAGCACUGA